AAGCCACAAUCCAUGUCCACCACACUCCUCUUCUUUCCCAACCAAAAUGGGUAUCACCACUUCUCAUACCCCAAAAAAUGUAGUGAGUUUUGUCUUAGCUUUGCAGCUGGUCUUCCUUUUGAUGGGCAGCUCCUCAGCCCAGCUCUCCACUUCCUUCUACUCCAAGACCUGUCCCAAGCUCCUCCCAAUCGUCCGCUCGGGCGUCCAAUCCGCCAUCGCUAAGGAAACCCGCAUGGGCGCUUCCCUUCUCCGUCUCCACUUCCAUGACUGCUUUGUUAACGGAUGUGACGGGUCAAUUCUUUUAGACGAUACUGCCACUUUUAGAGGAGAGCAAACAGCUCCUCCAAAUAAUAGGUCUGUUCGAGGUUUUGACGUCAUAAAAGCUAUUAAGAGUAGCGUAGAAAAAGCUUGUCCUAGUGUUGUCUCUUGUGCUGAUAUUUUGACUCUUACUGCUCGUGAUUCCGUCAACAUUUUGGGAGGACCAACUUGGGAGGUGAAACUAGGACGUAGAGAUUCGAAAACAGCUAGCUUCUCCGCCGCUAGCAGCGGUGUCAUCCCUCCGCCUAGUUCAACCCUUGCUAACCUCAUCAAUCGAUUCAGUGCUAAAGGCCUCUCUACUAAAGACAUGGUUGUCUUGUCGGGCGCCCACACGAUAGGUCUAGCAAGGUGCACUAGCUUCAAGAACCGUAUAUACAACGAGAGCAACAUUGACGCUUCAUUUGCAAAGCUAAGACAACGCAGUUGUCCGAGAAGUGGAGGAGAUGACAAUCUUGCCCCUCUAGAUGUUGCAACGCCAAAGCUUUUUGAUAACUAUUACUACAAGAACCUUGUGAACCAAAAGGGCUUACUCCACUCCGACCAGGUCCUCCACAACGGCGGUUCCACCGAUUCCUUGGUAGAACAAUACAGUAAAAACGAUAAGAUUUUCGAUGCCGAUUUCGUAACUGCAAUGAUUAAAAUGGGAGACAUUCAACCGCUCACCGGAUCUCAGGGCGAGAUCAGGAAGGUCUGCAGCAAACCCAACUAAUUACUCUUAUGGAUUUGAAUAUUCAACUUGAGGAACUCAAUAAUGAGUUUUUAUCCUCUCUGUUUUUUUUUACCCGUGUGCGUAAUUUACUUGAAAGGUAAAAGUAUGAAAUUUACCAAUUACUAAUAAAGAAUUUGUCGGUGUUAUUUUCC